UACAACAAGAGCACAAAAAAAUGGAGAUGUAUUUUCCAUAUGGAAGUACGAUGGAACAAUUGCAUAUAGUGACAUCAUGGAAGCGACAGAAGAAUUUGACAUCAAAUAUUGCAUUGGCACUGGAGGUUGUGGGAGUGUUUAUAUAGCAAAGCUACCUACAGGGAAAGUAGUAGCUGUGAAAAAGCUUCAUCGCCUAGAAACAGAAGUAAAAGCUUAUGUGAAGAGCUUCACUAAUGUGAUACACGUAUUAACCAGAAUAUGGCAUCGGAACAUUGUGAAACUUUAUGGGUUUUGUUCCCAUCCGAAGAGCAAGUUUUUAGUUUAUGAAUACAUAGAAAGGGGAAGCUUAGCUUAUGUGCUUGGAAUUGAAGCAGAAGCCAUGCAAUUAGAUUGGAGAAAACGUUUGAAUGUCAUCAAAGGGAUCGCUCAUGCUUUGUCAUACUUGCAUCAUGACUGCACGCCACCAUUGAGUCAUCGGGAUAUAUCGAGCAAUAAUGUAUUGUUGGAUGCAGAUCUCGAGCCUCAUGUCUCAGGCUUUGGAACAACAAAAUUUCUAGAUCCUAAUUCAUCCAACCGCACUUUACUUAUAGGUACAUAUGGAUAUAUUGCUCCAGAGCUUGCUUAUACAAUGGUUGUGACUGAAAAAUGUGAUGUUUAUAGCUUUGGGGUAUUGGCACUAGAGACAAUUAUGGGAAGGCAUCCAGGUGAAUUCAUCUCUUUAUUAUCAUUGCCAAAUGCAAAAGAUGUAAUACUAAAGGAUAUGUUAGACCCUCGUCUUUCCCCACCAACAAAAUUGGUAGCGCAAGAUCUAACUUUGUCAAUGAUGCUUGCAAUUGCAUGCUUGCACACCAAUCCAAAAUCUCGUCCAACUAUAGAAUACAUUUCUCAAGAAUUUUUUGUUGUAUGGGCUGUUUUCACAACUGUAAGCCCAACUACUGCAACUGAAUCAUCAUCAUCAUCAUCAUCGUCAGAAGAAGCCAAGGCUCUACUCAACUGGAAAGCCAGUGGCUACAACUUUUCUGAUUCCUGGGAUGCAAAUGAUACAAGCCCGUGUGAUUGGGAAGGAAUAACAUGCAACACAGUUGGAAGAGUUACAGUGAUAAUCCUAUCUUCUUACCAAGUAUAUGCUGAGCUCCACAAGUUGAAUUUCUCCUCUUUCCAAUAUCUACUCCAUCUCGAUCUCUAUGAUAAUGGAUUUUCUGGAACCAUCCCAGAUGACAUCGGUAUGCUUUCCAAACUCACCUAUCUUGACCUGUCUUUCAACAAACUUUCGGGCCAAUUGCCUUCUUCACUAGCUAAUCUUACCCGAUUAACUGAGUUGGAUGUUUCUUAUAAUCUGCUCAUAGGAGAAAUCCCUCCUGCCAUAGGUAAGUUAAUCAACCUCAUCGAUCUCUACCUCUACAACAAUAAUUUCAACGGCUCAAUACCUCCUGCCAUAGGCAAGUUGAGCAACCUCACCCGUCUCUACCUCUUUAACAAUAAUUUCAACGGCUCAAUACCUCCUGCCAUAGGUAAGUUGAGCAACCUCGCCCAUCUUUACCUCUUUAACAAUAGUUUCUACGGCUCAAUACCUCGAGAAAUAGGAAACCUCAAAAAUCUCAAUUAUUUGGACCUAUCAAGUAACAUGCUUUCAGGUUCAAUACCUACAUACAUGGGGAAUUUGAAACAUCUGACUGGAUUGUGGCUAGCUGAAAACAACUUUUCAGGUUCAGUACCUACUACACCAAUCGGGAAUCUUAAGAAUCUCUCUACGUUGGACCUGAGUAACAAUAUGUUUACUGGUUCAAUACCUACUACAGCAAUCGGGAAUCUUAAGAAUCUCUCUACGUUGGACCUGAGUAACAAUAUGUUUACUGGUUCAAUCCCUAUGGAAAUUGGAGAUAUGGAACAACUGACGUUUCUUAAUCUCAGUCACAACAAGCUUUCAGGUUCAAUACCUGAACAUUUGGGGGAACUCAAUUUUUCUGAUUACAUUACAUUGGACUUGUCUUACAAUGAUUUAGAGGGCGUUGUUCCUGAUAAAAUUGCUUCUCAAGCACCAUGGGAGGCAUGGAAGAAUAACAAAGGUUUGUGUAGUAAUUAUUGGGGUCACUCAUCAUGUAAAACCAGAGAGAAAAGGCUUAAAGUCAAGAUCUCCAUUAUCAUAUCUCUUUCUAGCACCAUAUUUGUUGUUGCACUUGUAAUUGCUGUUGUGCGGUUCUUCUUCAGGCAAAAGUCGAUAAAUCUCAACACUGAUACAACAAGAGCACACAAAAAUGGAGAUAUAUUUUCCAUAUGGAAUUACGAUGGAACAAUUGCAUAUAGUGACAUCAUGGAAGCCACAGAAGAAUUUGACAUCAAAUAUUGCAUUGGCACCGGAGGUUGUGGAAGUGUUUACAUAGCAAAGCUACCUACAGGGAAAGUAGUAGCUGUGAAAAAGCUUCAUCACCAAGAAGCAGAAGUAAAAGCUUAUGUGAAGAGCUUCACUAAUGAGAUACACGUAUUAACAAGAAUACGACAUCGGAACAUUGUGAAACUUUAUGGGUUUUGUUCCCAUCCGAAGAGCAAUUUUUUAGUUUAUGAAUACAUAGAAAGGGGAAGCUUAGCUUAUGUGCUUGGAAUUGAAGCAGAAGCCGUGCAAUUGUAUUGGAGAAAACGUUUAAAUGUAAUCAAAGGGGUCGCUAAUGCUUUGUCAUACUUGCAUCAUGACUGCACGCCACCAUUGAUUCAUCGGGAUAUAUCGAGCAAUAAUGUAUUAUUGGAUGCAGAUCUCGAGCCUCAUGUCUCAGACUUCGGAACAGCUAAAUUUCUAGAUCCUGAUUCAUCCAACCGCACUUUACUUGUAGGUACAUAUGGAUAUAUUGCUCCAGAGCUUGCUUAUACAAUGGUUGUGACUGAAAAAUGCGAUGUUUAUAGCUUUGGGGUACUGGCACUAGAGACAAUUAUGGGAAGGCAUCCAGGUGAAUUCAUCUCUUCAUUAUCAUUGCCAAAUGCAAAAGAUGUAAUACUAAAGGAUGUGUUAGACCCACGUCUCUCUCCACCAACAAAAUUGGUAGCACAAGAUCUAACUUUCUCAAUGAUGCUUGCAAUUGCAUGCUUGGACACCAAUCCAAAAUCUCGUCCAACUAUGGAAUACAUUUCUCAAGAACUAAGAAAUCCUUUGAACCUUCACUCCAGACUUUCUACAUAA